GGCUUUUCUUAUGCUGGACGUGUAAAGCCGGCAGCUCCGAGUCUCCGUCCUAGUGUCUGUGGAGGGUUGAGAGCGCAGACGCGGCGUCGCGAUCGAUAAGUGUCCGUAGCGCCACCGGUCGGUGUCAGCCGUGCGCCGCGCGGGCUAACACGCGGGUGGUUUUGGCGCGCUCCGGCGACGGUGCGAGCGGUGCCGCGUGCCGGUAGCGCCGGUGGUGUUAUGCGGGGCGAGUGCGGCCGCUGUCGGGCCCUCUGCUGAGCCAGCUGACCGGCCGUCACGAUCGCUCCGCACGCGUCGGGCACGCGGCCGCGCGGCGCGCCCGCCAUGAGCGCGGCCACGCCAGAGGUGCGCGGCCCGCCGGCUGACGCUGCCUCGCCGCAUGUCGCACUGCCCAGGAUCAAGCCAGAUCUCGGCCUCAAUGAUGCGACCCUGUUCGCAGUCUACUGCUUCAUCAAAAAUUUCAUUGGCCGUGUCGGACGCACGAGGUCCUUCAUGGAGGACGGACGGUGCGCGACGUGCGAGGCUUUAGGCCGUCGGAAUCUCUCGACGAAGCUGCUGCAAGUGGCCACAGCGCAGGCGCACAUGAAGACAUGCUCGCACGCCGCCUCCCCACCUGAGCAGGUGCAUGACACCGACCUCGCGUCCCGGGCCCUUGCAGCCAAACGACGAAAGUCUAUAGCUGCCUUCAAGCUCAAUUUGACAGUAGACUCACAGCCAAAAUCAACAUCCAACGAACUACCCCGCUCGCCUUUUGCUCGUAGAAACACAUGGUGCUCCGCAUCGGGCACAAGCGCGGUGGCCAUCGACAACAAGAUCGAGCAAGCAAUGCUGUUUUUAUUUAACGAAAAUGUUGUAGAUGUAGAAGACUAUGUAUAUGAUCUGGUUAAGAGCCACUUGAUGUUCGCGGUGCGCGAGGAAGUGGAAGUAUUAAAAGAGCGCAUCGCUGAACUAAUGGAGAGGAUCAACCAGCUCGAAGUGGAGAACACAUACCUGCGUGCUCAUGCGAGCCAGGACACCCUGGCGCAGCUGCCAGCUGCGGCUGGCACGAAGCCGCCAGCGGCCCCGCAGGGCCCCCAGCCGCCUGUGUCGUAG